CUUCCAAGAGACCAAGAAUCAAACGUGGGCUUAUCGGCUAUAGCACUCGAUUGCUCGUCUGCUAUCGGCUGUCAGGUGCUGUUGUGUAGCAGCGACGUCGUCUAUCAGCUUCUUAAUAUGGACGCGGUCGCUGCAAAAACUGCCCGGGAAUCUCUAGACCUAGCAUUUCAGAUGUCCAACAUUCUUGACACAGGGCUUGAUCGUCACACCCUCUCCAUCCUCAUUGCGCUAUGUGAUUUGGGUCUCAACCCUGAGGCGUUGGCUGCUGUUGUCAAGGAACUCCGAACAGAACUGGUUCCCCUUCCGCCAUCAGAUGCUGCUCAUGCUAUUCCUUAAACUGGUUUGUGUAUUUGGAUCCACAUUCUGCUUGUUGAUAUGACUCAUUUUGUUAAUUUCCUUUGGAACAUAAAUACUUUGCUUCACUUGGAGAUGAAUCCCAUUUUCUUAGUUCGGAAGAGUACUGGAAUGAUAGUAGGAAGCUAGAAAUUACAAAGAACUUUUAAGCAGCUAAAUUUUUUGUAUUUUUUGUUUAACUAGUUGCUAGUUAGUAGAAAAACUUCCGAGAGUAAUGUAUUGCCACCUAACAUGCUGAGUGGCAUGACAAAGUCGCUAACAACUUGACACUGGUUCAACUUUCAUUGUAACCUCUUCUGUGAUAUAAGUUUUGAAGUGUCCACUUUAA